AUGACGACGAUAGUCACAUUCAGACUCGGAAUGUCCUUCCCUCCGCAUCUAAACCGGCCGCUGUUGCCCCCUCCUGGGUUACCUCCUCAGUAUGCUGGCUUCGCCACAGGGGCUCCAAUGAUCCCAGUUCAUAUGGGCAUUAUGACAUCCACCCCUACAGUUAUGGUUCAGUCUCUUCCAGUCCUCAGUAAGCCUCCUGUCCCAAAGAAGGACAUUUCUUCUUUGCGAUCCAAAAACGAUGAAAGCAGUGGGCCCACGACUACAGUGUUUGUUGGAAAUAUAUCAGAAAAAGCUUCAGACAUGCUCAUCAGACAGCUGUUGGCAAAAUGUGGAAUUGUUUUGAGUUGGAAAAGAGUCCAAGGAGCCUCUGGCAAACUUCAAGCUUUUGGUUUUUGUGAAUACAAGGAGCCAGAGUCCACAUUACGAGCCCUGCGGCUGCUUCAUGAUCUGCAGAUUGGAGACAAAAACCUUCUUGUUAAGGUGGAUGCAAAAACAAAGUCACAGCUGGAUGAGUGGAAGGCCAAGAAAAAGAUUGCAAAUGGGACUAAGAAGGAAGGAGAUGGAGGAGGGGAUGAGGAAGAAGUCCUUGAUGAGGAGACAAAGAAGAAAGACGAAGUUGUGAAAGGUGCCAUUGAAGGACUGAUGCGGGAGUAUGCCGCUGAACUUAACGCCCCCUCUCAGGAUGAAGAGUCCCAGCGACGAAAAAGAAAAAAAGAAAAGAAAGAAGAGGAUGACAUUAACACUAUUGACAUGGAGGAAGACAAGAGAGACCUGAUUUCCAGAGAGAUCAGUAAAUUCCGUGACACUCACAAGAAACUAGAGGAGGAGAAGGAUAAGCGGGAGAAGGAACGGUUGGAAUUUGAGCGUGAAAGGAAGGAGCGUGAAAAAGAACGAGAACGGGAGCGAGAGCGGCGGGACCGCGAGAGGGAGAAGGAACGAGAGAGGGAAAAGGAGAGGGAAAGGGAGAGAGAACGGGAGCGGGACAGAGACAAAGACCGCGAUCGCAGGCCCAGAGAGCGGGAGCGAGAGCGAGACUGGGAGGGGGACAGGAGCCAUGGCAGGAGCGCCGACCGCAGCCGCUCAAGGGAGUUGAGUCGAGACAGAGAAAAGAAGCGGGAUCAAGAAGAUGAAGAAGAAACCUAUGAACGGCGGAAGCUGGAAAGAAAACUCAGAGAUAAGGAAGCAGCCUAUCAGGAGCGUCUAAAAAACUGGGAGCUAAGGGAGAGGAAAAAGGCUCGGGAUUAUGCAAAGGAAAUGGAAAGAGAAGACCAGCGCCGGCGAGAUACGAUGAAAGAAGGCAAACGGUUAAAAGAGUUUCUUGAAGACUAUGAUGAUGACAGAGACGACCACAAGUAUUACAGGGGCAGUGCACUGCAGAAGCGUCUCAGAGACAGAGAGAAGGAGAUGGAGGCGGACGAGCGUGACAGGAAGAGGGAGAAGGAGGAGCUGGAGGAGAUCAGACAGAGGCUGUUAGACGAGGGACAUCCAGACCCAGACGCAGAGCUACGCAGGAUGGAAGAGGAAGAGGAGGAGCGUCUGAGGCGACCGCCCAUCAUCCAGGAGCCAGAGCCUGAGGAGCCACGUGAACGCCACAGGCCUGCACAGGAACACCGGGACCGCAGGCCAGAGCAGGACCAAGCAGAGCCCCACUCACGGCCCAAUCACUCCGACCAUGAGGUGGAAGAGGGUGAAGAGGAGGGUUACGAGAACGACGAGGAUAAUCCCGACAUAAAACCAUGUUUGAAGCCCACAAUGCGGCCAAUCAACUCGGCACCUUCAGUGUCAUCAGCUAGUGGAAACGUGUCCCCCGCCACCCCCGGAGAGGAGUCACCCUGCGGCAUCAUCAUCCCUCACGAGAACUCGCCUCCAGAUGCGCUGCCUCAGGACGAAAACCGGCCCAAGAUCGGCCUCAGCCUCAAACUGGGCAAGAGGAAGAAGCUUCCGGUGGACAGCGUCUUCAAUAAGUUUGACGAGGAGGCUGACGAGCAGCCACGCAAGAGGAAGCUCGUGCCUCUGGAUUACGACGACGACAAAAGCCUUGGGGUGGAUGGUGCCGGGCUCUCCAGCAUAAAGGGAGCCAAUACCGAGGAGAAACGGAAGCACAUAAAGAGCCUGAUAGAAAAGAUUCCCACGGCAAAGCCCGAUCUCUUCUCUUACCCGUUGGACUGGUCAAUGGUUGACACGACGCUAAUGGAGCGACGCGUUCGACCUUGGAUCAAUAAAAAAAUCAUUGAGUACAUCGGUGAGGAAGAGGCAACACUAGUGGACUUUGUGUGCUCAAAGGUGAUGGCUCACAGUAUGCCGCAGAGUAUCCUGGAUGAUGUUGCCAUGGUCCUUGAUGAAGAAGCUGAGGUCUUCAUAGUGAAGAUGUGGAGGCUGCUCAUAUAUGAAACGGAAGCCAAGAAGAUUGGACUGGUUAAAUAA